GAAGUUACGAACCCUGCUUGAAGUGCGCGUCCUUUCAUCAAUACAACUCGACCGACCAACUUGGCGUACGUUUAUACGCGGUAAUUUAGUUUGGAAAACUAUGGAUCCAGGUCAUAAACGGCAGAUGGUGGAGAAUCUGUUCCUAACGUUCGCGACCAAGCAGGCGGAGCUGUUCAAACAGUACGAUGCGAACCGCAAGAAGCGUUCCAAGAUUUUUCUCCAGCGCCUACGCUACCAGCUGAAGCGAAACGGCGAGUCCCAUCGGAAGGAAUGGAGCAGCAGGCUGGAGUCGGAACUGCUGGACAGUAUACCGACGCGCAAGAUCUGGAAGCUGAGCCGGAACGAUCGGUGGUUCCGGGAGCUGUUCCAGCACGAAAACAAUGAUCAGGAGUUGCUGCACCAUUUCCGGAUGGAUCGCAGCAUGUUCGAUACGCUGGUGGCCAUGCUGUGCCAAGAUUUGGCACCGCAUCCACUGCUGGCGGCCCAGUCCUGCAGCACGGAGAAAAAGGUUGGGAUCGGAUUGUACAAGCUCACGACCGGCGCUGAUUAUGCUACGAUCGGGAACCUGUUUGGUGUGCACAAAGCGACGGUAAAGAACUGUGUUCACCAGUUCUGUAAAUCGAUGGUGAAGAACUACAUGGAUACCGAAAUCUAUUUGCCCGACCAAGAAGAAAUGGGUGAAAUAAGCAAGGCUUUCGAGGAUCGAAGCGACAUUCCGAUGAUAAUUGGUGCGAUGGGUCGGUUGCACGUCCCGAUUACGCCUUCGCUGGCCGAUUCGAAGAAUUACAUCAACGCCAGAAAAUGGCCUUCUUUGAUCUUGCAGGCGGUUGUGGAUAACAACCACUGUUUUAGACACAUUACAUGCGGCCAUGUCGGUGCGACCGAGGACAGUGUCGUACUGGGUGAUUCCGGACUGUAUCAACACUUUGAUGGGGCCGAAUUGCCCACACAAAGCAUCAAUGGAACGACGGUGAAGUCGUUCGUCGUGUCGGAAUCGGCGUACCCGCUGCUUCCCUGGCUGCAGCACGGCUAUGUGACACCGCAAACGACGGAGGAGGAAACAUUCAACGAGCAUCUAAACAAAGCGCGCAUUUGCGUGGACGAAGCGUUCGAGAAGUUGCGCGUACGGUUCCGGAUACUGCAGCGCAAGAUUGACAUCGACAUCAACUUUGUGCCGCAGAUCCUGCUGACGUGCUGCAUUCUGCACAACAUUCUCGAAAAGAACCAAACUCCCUAUCUUGAUGAGUGGAAGGAAGCGCUGCUAGAGUUGCGAGGAAAGUAUCCGCAGCCGGACGGUGCCGCCAGCACGAAGUACACGACAACCGUCGAGGGCGAAUCUUUGCGGGAUGUGCUGAAGGAACAUCUGCAGUCGAAGUAUGUGCUGUACCGGACGAUUGAAUACAAUCAGGUGUACUUCAUCAACGAAGGAACAAACUAAUGCUAACCUAUUUCCAACGACGACGAUGACGUACUCGUUUUAGCAGAAAAAUUGACCAUUUUAGAAGGAAUAAAUUACACAUUUUGUUAGACAACAAA